AAUAUAAAAGCAUUACAGUUGACAUUUUCUAGUCCCAACGAGCAAAGCAAAAUUAGCCAAUGAUGAGUUUCCACGGCCACAAUCACAUGAUGUUCUUCAUCUUCGUAUUCCUCGCCGUCGCUUUGUUAUCGGCGCCGGCAAACUCCGGCGAAACCGUCGAUUAUCUCCCUGGAUUUUCCGGCAAGCUCCCUUUCAAUCUUCAAACUGGAUACAUAAAAGUUGGAGAUUCAGAGAUGUUCUACUACUUUGUAGAAUCACAAGGAAAUCCAAAGCAAGAUCCUUUGCUUCUUUGGCUUACUGGAGGCCCUGGUUGCUCUUCUUGGAAUAGUCUUGUUUAUGAAAUUGGGCCACUACAAUUUGACCUUGAUGAAUCAUUGGAAGGCAUUCUUCCCGUGUUGAGAUCUUAUGAAUAUUCGUGGACUAAGAGUGCUAGCAUAAUAUUUCUGGACUCACCUGUUGGAACAGGCUUCUCCUAUUCAACAACUCAAGAACGAUGGGCGAGCUCAGACACAAAAGCAGCGAACGAAACUUAUCACUUUUUGAUGCAGUGGGUGGCAGAAAAUCCCCAAUACCUUGAGGUUCCCUUCUAUGUGGGUGGUGAUGGAUACUCUGGAAUAAUUGUUCCGCUGAUCACAAAUUUAGUAAUAGAAGGUAAUGAAGCCGGAGUGCAACCACACUUAAACCUAAAGGGAUAUUUAGUGGGAAGCCCAAAUACAGAUGAUUUCAUUGACUCAAAUUCGAAAGUAGAGUUCGCUCAUAGGAUGGCCCUCAUAUCAGAUAAAACUUAUAAUAAUGCCAAGAACUAUUGCAAAAAGAACUAUGUAGAUGUGGAUCCAGAUAACACACAAUGUGUCCUUGCUCUUGAUGAUUAUGAAAAUUGUGUCAGGGGCAUAUGGCCUAACCACAUUCUAGAGCCAAAAUGUACACUUGGUAGGCCACAAGAUGAUAGAUGGACUAGAAGAUCUCUUCAGGAGGAUCCCAACGAAUUCAUUCUUUCAGUCCCUCAAGUUUCAAAUCUUUGGUGCCGGAGUUUCAACUAUGGUCUGUCUGACACUUGGGCAAACGAUGAAGCAGUCCAGGAUGCUUUGCACGUCCGCAAGGGAACUGUAAACGAAUGGAGCAGGUGCAACAAGACUAUAUCAUACACAAAAGAUCAACCAAGUGUUGUUCAAGUACAUCAAAAUCUCACUAACUAUAACCUAAGGUUAUUAGUAUACAGUGGUGACCGAGACAUGGUUGUUACGUUUGUUGGAGUCGUGCAAUGGAUAAAAUCCAUCAUAAAUUCAGUUAAUCUAACUCUUUCAGACAGAUGGCGUCCGUGGUUUGUUGAUGCUCAAGUUGGAGGGUAUACAAGGAAAUAUGAGAAGAAUUCAGCUUAUUUUCUGACAUAUGCAACUGUGAAGGGUGGAGGUCACACAGCUGCAGAAUACUACCGUAGAGAAUGCUAUGAGAUGUUCAGGAGAUGGGUGUCACUUUAUCCUCUAUGAUGCAGACCUUUUAUUUGGUUUUGCAAGUUCAUUUCUGUACUUCCACUUAAGCUGAACUAUUAUUAUGAUUUGUAGCUUUCUCUUCCCUUUUUUUGUUGUAAAUUUUGUAAAAAAAAAUAUGAGGUGUGCAAGAAGUAAGUUGCAAAUAUGCAAUCGAACUAUUUACACCUUAUAAAUAGAGAUUAUUAUUGGACAAAAAUUAUGUAAUUACAAUUGAUUCAUUCCCCAUUCCUCAUAGUCUCAUACCUAUAGAGCGUCGAACAUUUUUGAGUUCUAAGAAACAUAAUCAAAUACGUAUUCUCUUGUUUAA